ACCCCCUCCCCCAGUCUCCCGGCGGCGGCCUAGCUCUUCCUUCCACUCCAGAAACACCAAACGACUUUUCUUCUUUCCCACGCCACCAGAGACAUACAAAAACACACAACACAACCUAGCUACAUAGAACGCUAGUAACUUUUUACUGAUCUCGCAAAUAUUGCAUUUUCUUCUUCUCAUGGAUAAUAGACGACGAAAUAGGUAGCUAACUAAGAAAGUAGGGCUGGUGUUUCGGACGGAUUUUACACGGGGGGGACAAGAGGAGAAACUUUUAUGUGCGUGCGUGUUUCAGCAAACUUCUGCAACGCACAACUUUUCAUUGUUGUCGUUUUCCCUUUCAUUUGGAGGAGAUAAAUAGCUAUUUUUACCACAGCAUAUCAUUAUUUGUGGAUGUAACUUUUUUGAAGCGUCGAGGUGGGUUGUUGCUUGUUUUUCAACCCCAAAAGACGCGACAAGGAACGAGGGGUACAACUCAAGGAAUCGACCAGGUAGCUAGUUAGCUUAGCAUGGCUAGCUAACGUUAGCUAGCUAACAAAAUGAACAGUCGUUGAAUGCUUAUUUUUCGCAGAGUUUGUAACAACUCGUCUUGUUUGUGGAUAAACUCAUUACUGUCAUCGGGAAUCCAAUAAGAAUUGCGUUUUAGCUCUGUGACUAUCAAAGUUAUCUAGCUAGCUUAGGGGUUUAAGAGGAUAUUUUGGAACUCGGCAGGAUAUUUUCCAAACGGAGUAAGAGCACUUCCACCGCAAGAUAAGGAGUGUUUUUAGAAAUUCAAGAUGCCGCAGCUAGACGGGGGAGGAGGAGACGAUUUGGGAGCCAACGACGAGCUGAUCUCUUUUAAAGAUGAGGGGGAGCAGGAGGAAAAGACUGCCGAGAAUGUGUCCUCUGAGCGGGACCUGGACGAUGUCAAGUCGUCUCUGGUCAAUGAGACCGAGAACAACAGCAGUUCGUCUGACUCCGAGGCAGACAGUCACAGACGUAGCCAGCAGCACAGACCCGAUUGGGAGAGCUAUGCCAGGCAGAGGGAGUUCUUUGCUGAAGCUUUGAGGAGACAACAACACGACAGUGGGUUGUUCAAGGCAUCACCUUAUGCUGGCUAUCCUUUCCUGAUGAUUCCUGACCUGGGUAACCUAGCCAACCUGGGUCACCUGGGCAACCCCUACCUGUCUCCAGGAGGCCUCUCACCCGGGGCCAGGACGUAUCUGCAGAUGAAGUGGCCCUUGCUUGAUGUUCCUGGAACGUCUGCCUUAAAAGACCCUCGCUCCCCCUCCCCUGCUCACCUGUCCAAUAAGGUACCAGUUGUGCAGCACAGUCACCUGCCCCCAUUCUCCCCCCUCCUGUCCUACAGUCCAGACCCCUUCCCUCCGCGGACACCCCCUCCUCACCUCUCACCUGACACGGGUGUUCCUCGAACCCCCCACCCAGCAGAGCUCUCUCCAUACUAUCCUCUCUCUCCUGGAGGCAUGGGACACAUUACACACCCUCUGGGCUGGUUGCAGGGCCAGUCCAUGUAUGGUAUCCCAGCAGGAGGGUUUAGACCGUCCUACCCUGCAGCUCUUGCCAUGAACCCUUCCAUGUCCAGCUUGGUGUCCAGUCGUUUCUCGCCCCACAUGGUCCAGCCCCCCCAGACCUCUGUUCCCCACCCUGCCAUUGUGUCCACAGCAAUCAAACAGGAACCAAGAGAAGGAAACCAGCAUGGGAGGUGUGCUGGGUCUAUAGGGGACAGGGAGAAGGAAGAGGAGAGGAAGCCACAUGUGAAGAAGCCCCUCAAUGCCUUCAUGCUGUACAUGAAGGAGCAGAGACCCAAGGUGGUGGCAGAGUGUACCCUGAAGGAGAGCGCCGCCAUCAACCAGAUACUGGGCCGCAGGUGGCACUCUUUGUCCCGUGAGGAGCAGUCCAAGUACUAUGAUCUGGCCCGCAAAGAGAGGCAACUCCACUCCCAACUCUACCCUGGAUGGUCAGCCAGAGACAACUACGGCAAGAGGAAGAAGAGGAAGAGAGACGGCAGGCCAGAGUCUGUCCCCGAGGGCCAAACAACACACACCCAGUCUGCAGCCUCCGAGGAGCACGGGGAGCAACUGCCCAAGAAGUCCUGUGUGUCCUACGGAGGUCAGGAGAGGCCCAGUGUGUCUCACACACACCUGUCCCACACACACCUGUCCCAGGCUAGCCCUGCCUCCUCUCUGGACUCUCCAGCCACGCCCACCACUGCUCUGGCCUCUCCUGCAGCCCCGGCGCCCACGCACACUGAACACACACACAUUCAGUCAGAACACACACACCCAGAGCAGGUCCAGCCCCUCUCCCUCACCACCAAACCUCCUCGUCCGCACUCCCACCGGGACGCUCAUGGUCAGAUUCACACCCACAUCCAGUCUCACACACACCCACACUUAUUCACUCACACACACCUGCCCCCACCCCCUGCCCCUAAGACCUCUUCGUCUCCAUCUCCCUCCUCAUCUUCCCCCUCUUCCUCUCAUCCACCUUUCUCUCCCCACAUGAGCUCUAGCAAGCAGAUUCCACCGCUUUUGUCUCGACCAAUCCCCUUUGCUUCUGGCUUAGCUCCUCCCACCUCCAUCCACCAAUCAACAAUGAGGUCCCAUCAUGCCAUACUCCAGUCCCAACCUCUCUCUCUUGUCACCAGAAAUAAUCAUUGAAAGCCCAAAGACGCUAACCACAUAUCUAGGAUCAGAUUUGAUUAAGCCCUGUCCCAACCUUAAACAUCACACUAACCCUUUACACACAGGUCUAGGAAUAGAUUCCUAUACUCAAACAGACCUAGGAUCAGAUUCCUACACUCAAUCCACAGAUCUAGGAUCAGAUUCCCAUACUCAACCCACAGAUCUAGGAUCAGAUUCCUAUACUCAACCCACAGAUCUAGGAUCAGAUUCCUAUACUCAACCCACAGAUCUAGGAUCAGAUUCCUAUACUCAACCCACAGACCUAGGAUCAGAUUCCUACACUCAAUCCACAGACCUAGGAUCAGAUUCCUACACUCAAUCCACAGACCUAGGAUCAGAUUCCUAUACUCAACCCACAGACCUAGGAUCAGAUUCCUAUACUCAAUCCACAGAUGUAGGAUCAGAUUCCUAUACUCAAUCCACAGAUCUAGGAUCAGAUUCCUAUACUCAAUCCACAGAUCUAGGAUCAGAUUCCUAUACUCAACCCACAGAUCUAGGAUCAGAUUCCUAUACUCAACCCACAGAUGUAGGAUCAGAUUCCUAUACUCAACCCACAGAUGUAGGAUCAGAUUCCUAUACUCAAUCCACAGAUCUAGGAUCAGAUUCCUAUACUCAAUCCACAGAUGUAGGAUCAGAUUCCUAUACUCAAUCCACAGAUGUAGGAUCAGAUUCCUACACUCAAUCCACAGAUGUAGGAUCAGAUUCAUUUAUGCCCAUUCCCAACCUUAAGUAUCACACUACCCCUGUCUACAGAUCUAUGAUCAGAUUCCAAAACACCCACUCUGACCCAUAAUAAUGGGUAGAUGGAAAAACUGAGUAGGAGACCAAGUAGGAAAGAAGGAUCUCUAAUCAGGGCAGGGGUAAACAACUCCUUGAAGGCAACCUGAUUUCCAGGCUUUAGCUCCAGCGAUACAUUCAUUUUGAAUUAGUGCUUGAAUGGUGGUUUAAGUUAAGGUCAUCAUUAGUGGAUUUGCUUAAUCAUGUUAGUGCUGGGUUUGAAUGAAAAGCAUCCAGCACCCCAAAGCCCCCGAUGCCUGAAGAUUAGAAUCCACUUCUGCCUACUCUCCUUUUUUACCUCUUAUCUAGUCUGUAAAUAAACUGUUUAACCUUUUAUAGAUAGUAGACCUGCUUUUAUAUUAGUAUGAAAAGGAAAUUAUUGGUCAAUAUUUGACCUCAUCUCUUUUUAACUUGUCUUUAUGAAACUUAACAUUUUUAGUCAGAUUUUUGCGUUUUGCAGAAUCUUACAAUUUUUCAAUGUCCAAUUUGCUACUUGUAUAAAAGACAAAAUUGUAAAAGUAAUUUUUUUAUAAAGAAAAAUAGAUUAAAUGUGUUUCUUUCUGUCUACACUCCGUAGCCAGAUUAUUUGCUACACCCAUUUGCCUCCAGAUCAGCAUGACUUAUUGGGGUAUGGAAUUUUCUGUUUCCAGAAACAUUCAACAGGGAUAUUUUUCCUUCCAGACACGUUGGCAUCAGAAGGUCGCCACGCAUUAAGUGGCAGUAUAUUCAUGCUGCAAGUAACAUUUCUAUUUCAUUCCAAAUAUGCUCUAUUGGGCUGAGGUCUGGGGACUGUUCUGGCUACACAAGUAAACAGAACUCGCUGUCAUGUUCCUGGAACCAUUCUCAGAAAAUACCUGCACGGCGCAUUAUCCUGCUGGAAGGAUCCCUCUGACAGACUGUAGCCAUGAAGGGAUGCACCUGGCCAGUAACAAUGUUCAUGGACGCUGUGGUGUUUGAAUGUUACGCAGUUGGUAUCAAGGGACUGAACGUGUGGAAAACAUUACCCACACCAUUACAUCACCACCACCAGCCUGUGCUGUGGACUCCAGGCAGGAUAGAUCUAUGGACUCAAGCUGCUUGUGCCAAAUCCUGACCCCACCAUCUGCAUAAAGCAGCUGGAACCUGGAGUUGUUUUUCAGUUGUACAUAGUUGCUUAUCCCUUGCCUACUGGAGUGCUUCUACAUACUUUUUUUUUUUUU